GGGGAAAACUUUUUUUACAGAGCGUGCAACCCGAGCAAUUCAUAACCGGUUCGUGUUGCAAGUGAUCAUGACUCUUUGAUGAGGGUUGAACCCCCCAAAAAAGUAAAUGAGGAAGUCUCUCAGAUGAACUUCCUUUCACACAGUGAAAAAAACAUUGCGUACCCGAGCGCGCAGCUGCGCUACAUGGAAUAUGAGACGCACAAGGUGCGAUAAGGAUGGCGAGAGCCAGGUGAAGGUCUUGUUUGAUUCACGUUCUCGCUCGUCAGCUGAGAUUAUGAACCAUGGAUUAGCUUUAACCCACGAAUAAUGUAACGUCUGUGAGAUAAAAAUAGAGGACUCGUCAAGCACCUGGAAACAAGGUGUGCACAUCUGGACAAUACAGGUGUGAGCAGAGUACGUGACGUCAUCCACACCAUGGGCCACAAUAUGACGACCCUUAUUACUCCCAUACUACCAGAAGUGACGACCACUCCCUCAGUGGCCUAACCCACCACCACCGCCAUGUUGAACAUGACCACGGCAGCACCACUCCUGGCUGCCGCCCUCACCACCCUCCUCACGCCCAUGACGACCUCAGAGCCGCCUAGUGCCACCAGCAGCAGCGCCACCGUCGCCACCACCUCCCUCGAUGUCUACGCCUCCUCACUCCCUUACAACAGCACUGAUCUUGUGGAAAUCGAACUUGAAGACGUGAGCGGGUAUAAGACGUUCCUGGCGGGUUCCCGGUACGUGGUACAGCGGGUACUGGUGCCGGUGGUGCUGAUCGUAGGUGUGGUGGGUAACGCAGUAACCAUCGUGGUGCUAACAAGGCGACAAAUGCGCUCCUCCACUAACAACUACCUCACUGCACUGGCUAUCUCCGACCUGCUGUACCUGGUGUUUAUAUUCUCGCUAUCCAUCCGGCAUCACCCUGGCAUGAGUCGCCCUCAUCACUGGUUCUACUGGCAUUACUCCCGCUACGCUCUCUGGCUCACUGAUGCUUCCAGCUCUACCUCCAUCUGGCUCACUGUGACCUUCACCAUCGAGCGUUACAUCGCUGUCUGUCACCCCAUCAAAGGAAAGGUGUUCUGCACGGAAAGUCGUGCCAAGCGGGUGAUCGUGGCGGUGUUCAUCUUGUGUUUCACGUUAACAGCGACCACCCCGCACGAAUGGGUCAUCAACGAGGUCACCGAUGCCGUCACGGGUCAACCCAGGCUUGCCAUGGACUACUCUUUCCUGGGCAGCCACUCCACCUACAAGAAGGUGUUUUACUGGUUCACUGCGGUGGUGUUUAUCCUGCUGCCGCUGGUGCUGCUGGCGGUGUUCAACUCCUUCCUGAUCCAUGUGGUGAGACAGAGCAGAACACAGAGACGCACCAUGACAAACCAGAGAGUAGAGAGGGACACUCACUCACAGUCACAGGAAUAUAAGAUCACAGUAAUGCUCAUCGCUGUGGUUCUCCUGGCUCUCUUGUGUCAGCUUCCCGUGGCUAUCCUACUUCUCUACCAGUCCUUCUACGUGUCUAAACCCAACUCGAUCGCCUUCUACAUCGAGCUUGGCUUAGGCAACAUCUUCAACUUGCUGUCGGCCAUCAACGCCGCUUGCAACUUUGUAUUGUACUGUGCCAUGAGCGACAAGUACCGGCGCACCUUCCUGCGCACCUUCUGCUCCCGCUGGUACCGUCAGCCCUCGCCGCUGCACUCCUGGAUGGCUACGGCUUACAGCAAUGUGGAGGAUGGAAGUCCACGCUUCUCCAGGAUGUCCUCCAUGCGCAUGUCUCGCCGCUCUUCACACAGGAGCAGCGGGUCAGGGAGCCCCCGAGGGAGCCCUACCCAUGGUCGUGGGCAGAGCAUGGGCAGGCCUAGGCACUUCCUGACAGUGCCCAGCCCCUCACGCAACCCUUCUCCCACCCUCCUGACGCCCACCAAGGUAGCACUACACCCAGCCCCUGAUGAUGUCUCGCGUCCACUCCUCAGGAAGACAAACUCGGUCAACAGUGGUAACUCGUGUGUGAGUACACCGUCUACAACUGCUAGUCUUCUUAACGGAUCUCCCAACACCCAACUUCCACCUGCAGCACCACCCGGACCUGCCCGACGUCUAGCCCGCAGCCUCUCCAAGAUCCUCACCCGGCGGAACACGUCCAGUAUGCAGAUGGCCGGCACUCAUAUCGUCAUCACCUGCCAACAACCCUCCUUGGACGAGCAGACAGCCCUUUGAACUGUUCAUAGAUGAAGAAACAGCCUCUUUACGAAUUUUUGGUGCUUCUGGUUAGCUUCGACCAAGCAUAAAAACCUGUUAUGCCAACGGUUGCAUGUGUAGAUGCUAAGAAAUACCUGUAUUUGCGCAGUCUUGGAACUGACAAUUGUACAAUGUGUGGAUUUUUGUCGUGCGUUUUAUGUUAAGAUGAUACAUGCCAGUGCACUCUCUCGAAUGUUACGUGUGAACAGUAAGAGCUCAAGCCACAAGUUUGCGCAUUUAUAAAGAAAAAAUUGAUGGAAUGCAGACACUGUUUGAGCACAAUUUAUGAACUGUUUAUAUAUAUGUGUGUGUGUGUGUGUGUGUGUGUAUGUGUGUGUGUGUGUGUGUGUGUGUGUGUGUGUGUGUGUGUGUGUGUGUGUGUGUGUGUGUGUGUGUGUGUGUGUAUGUGUGCAGAAGUCUGGGAACGUAUAUGACAAUAAGAUAUAAAAAAUAGUUCUAUAAAGUUACAAUCUCUCUUCACAGUGAAAGAUGAUUCUACAUUAUGUGUAUAUAGAUGUUGAAUUUGGACCAAGUUAUAUAAUAAUGCACAGCUAAUUUAUAAUAAUAAUUGGCCAUUUUUCGUGUCAAGUAUUGGGUUAAAAAAAUAUGCUGAGACUGAAUCGUCUACCUAUUUUCAUAC